CAGGGACUUAGUACGAGCGAAGAGCCAAAAAUUCGAAUUGCAGGGAAUGGAAGAAGGUCAAAGCAGCAGGGUGUAGAACAGGAAGGUGAAAAGGUGUCCUGGUGAAGAGUCAUACGGACUCGAGUUUUUCCAGUAUUCUUCUCGUGUGAAGACUUCGGCACUUUGCUAAACGUCAGUUCCACACAUUCCCCAUAUUUCCCACAAGGAUCAGUGCUCAGUACAUGAUUAGCAAGAUGCCAUCAACUUGGGUAUGCGCGUUUGGUUUCACUGUAUUGCCAAAUGCGGGAGCAAUUUCUGCUUAUAUAACCCAGAAAGAAAUUCCUGGCUGGUAUGCAACUCUCAAAAAGCCAUCUUGGUGUCCACCCAACUGGGUGUUUGGUCCUGUUUGGACAACAUUAUACACGGGCAUGGGCUAUGGCUCUUACCUGGUGUGGAAGGAAUUAGGUGGAUUCUCUGAUAAAGCAUUGAUCCCGCUUGGUUUAUAUGGAAUCCAACUUGUUCUAAACUGGGCAUGGCCUCCUAUUUUCUUUGGGGCACACAAAAUGGGAUUGGCUUUUGCUGAGUUACUCUGCAUUUAUGGCACGGCAGCAGCUACAACUGUGAUUUGGUAUCCCAUCAACAGGACAGCUACUUAUCUAAUGGUUCCUUACAUGGCUUGGUUGACCUUGGCUUCUGCUCUCAACUAUCGCAUUUGGAGGGACAACAAGGAUAAGGAAGAUUAGAGCAGUUCAUUUCUGUGGAACAUCUGGAAUUCAGCCUGCUUAAUAGCUUUGGCAAAUGGAAGGAUUAACUUUGUACUCCUGUUUCUUAAACGUAGAGGAUUUAAAAUCCUAAUUAAAACCUGUGGCUUAUACCCUU